AUGGCAGUUAUUGGCUCCUUAAAAACAAGUGAAAAGGACAAUAGUUUUACAUGGGUAUUGUCGAGGGAUUUACCAUCGUUGUUGUAUAAUAGUUUAGUACGAUCAACGGAGUUUUCCUAUGUGGGACAGAAAUUCGUUUUAGAAUUCCACAGAGGCCUAAUUUGGACUCAUUCGAGCCAUAUGUCUUACCUAAGUGUUUGGCGUUUAAUUCUUCGCUGUUCAGAUCAAUCCUCACCACUAAUAUGCAAGUAUAAAAUAUCAAUAAUCAAGCAUGACGAAAUUAUUGAUACCCGGACAGACUGUUGUACAUUUUCUACGAAUCAAAGGGAAACGCUGAUUCUUCGCAAGACCGAAACGGAAAUUGAGAGACUGAUUGAAUCCAAGGAUGAUAUACAUGUUCUCUGCGAAUUAUCAGUUUUUAUAAAAGGGCAAAAGAAUUUACGAACCUACGAAUCAGCCAAAACGAAUGAGGUACCGAAACUAAAUUUCGACUGGAUGUUACUUAAGAAUGAUUUCAGCGAUGUUGCGCUACGGACUGCAAGUGGAAAGGAAAUUCCAGCACAUAGACUCAUGCUCGCAACUGCCAGCCCAGUAUUCAAAGCCAUGUUUACUUAUGAUAUGAUAGAAAACCAAAGCAAAUUAGUUGAAAUGAAGGACGUUAGCCUUGAAGCUGCAAUUGAGAUGCUACGAUACAUCUACACUGGUGGCGUUAAAAACAACGAAAUUUCUUUGACAAUUGAGCUGCUGAAGGUUUCAGACAAGUAUGAACUUGAAGAGUUGAAAAAAAAGUGUGGACAAAUAUUGAGUUCUAAUUUAUCUACUGAAAAUGCUCUAAAAAUGCUUGAAAUUUCUGAUACUUAUAGUGCGGACUAUCUAAAAAAAGAAACAGUUGAUUUUAUCAAAGUUCAUAUAAGCGGACUAACAGACUUUCAUGAAAUAAGCAAUUUGAUUCUUGGUAAAGCGCGAUUAGUUGAAGAAUAA